UAUUCUCUCGGCCGUCACAUCAUCUUUGACCAUGAAUUGAAUAGGUAACACUUUUAUACUCGAAGUAACAGUUAUAACCGAAUUUGAAAUCGGGCGAAAUUCAGAUCUUGGCGUGAUGUGUAGGUAAUAGGAAAUAAAUUACGGUUUGAUGUGGACGCCACUUCUGAAGAUGAUGCAUCUGUGAUGAAGUGUUUAGUGCUGUUUGGUCUGUUUUCGGUGAGGGUGUUGUGUGUACCCUUGUUAGGGAGUAACCACGAUAUAUGGAGUGAGGUGGAGCAAAAACAAAACGCCUUGGGAACUAACACGAUCGGUAGGAAUGAUUCAAGAUUUCCAAGAGUAUUGAAUUUUUUUCCUGUUCCUAUUGAAGAAGAAUGUCUUUCCAAGGAUGGAAGGAGAAGAGGAAUUUGUAUGAACACGUACGAAUGUCGUAUACAGGGUGGAAGUUCACAUGGAAAAUGUGCCAUGGGAUUUGGUGUCUGUUGUGUGUUUACAGUAACCUGCAACCAAGAAGUUAUCAAUAACCUCACUUAUUUUGUCAAUCCAGAUUUCCCGGAUCUGACCAGAUCAAUGUCUUCCUGUAAUUUGACGGUGAAAAAAAUUGACGAAGAGAUAGCUCAGCUUCGGCUAGAUUUCAUACAUUUCAACCUGGGACAACCGAACAGAAAGACUGGAGUUUGCGAAGAUGAUGUAUUCAUGAUGACCGGUAAUGAAAAUAGGAGACUGAAACUUUGCGGUUUCAAUAGUGGACAGCAUGCAUAUUUCGAUGUAGAGGACAUAACAAACACGAUAGAAAUCACCAUGAUUCUUAAUCGAAAAGCAGUGUCUCGCCUGUGGGAGUUGACCAUUACUCAGAUACCCUUCUCUCAACGUGCUCCUAUGGGAUGCCUCCAAUACCACCAAGGACCAAGUGGCAUCAUCCAAACCAUGAACUUCGCGGACAACGGACGCCAUCUGGCUGACCAAGAUUAUAACAUCUGCAUCAGGCAGGAAGAAGGGAUGUGUAGCAUUGCCUACGAGCCUUGUCACGAGGAUUCCUUCAAGAUUGCCCCAAACAACAACUCUUCAACAAUGAAUGCAGCGUUAGCAGACGAGAUGGAAGGCUCUGGAGGAGGCGAAGAAACGAUGCAGCCUCGACAAAUACAAGAGGAAUGCGUAGACAGAGUAAUUUUACCAUGUGAUAACGAAGAUCUUCUGAUGGUAGGGCAAGGUGGUCCCAGCUCGUGCAGUUUGGUUCAUUGUGGUGAAUCUUUAUGUCCGGAGGACGUAUCGCCAUGUCGAAUUGAGAGCAGUUCCACUCCUUUUACUGUCGGUAUCCAUUUCGAACAAAAUUCGCGGGAAGCGCCAGCCGACGACAAUCUGGGUAUGUGCCUGAACUACGAACAACUGCCCUGCAACUGAGUUGCAAGGUGAACCAGAGAGAUGGAUUUAAUAGCUACUCAACACACUUAACAUUUUCAGGAAAGGAAUUGAACUAGUCAGUAUCUUAAAGAUAAUGAAAUGUAGACUGUAUUAUUUAUUACAUGUUUUAUUUAUUAAACGCUAAAUACUC